CCACCCAUAAAAAAAUCAAACCUCAAAAUACCGCAAACAGUUYUAUGUACCGUACGAGCAUCAAGAACUUUACUUCUUCACAAGACAGUUCGAGUACUCGUACGUUCCAUAAUACGUGAAGCACGGACUGGCACGAUACCCGUUCGAUACGAUACGAUACGAUACCGGCACGAUACAUUAAGAUCCGAUCCGACACGAUCCAAUCUGUGUUCCGUUCCGUUCCGUUCCUUCCAUCGAUCGCCAACAGCCAUGGGAAAGAAGAGCAAGCGGCCCAACCGGAGGCAGCCGCCGCCGGCCACCGCCGGUGCCGUUUCCCCCGYAGCGGCAACYGYWMCCGCACCCGCAACGGCAMCCGCGGCCCCCCCGGUCUACUUCUACCCCUCCGACGGUCCCUCCGACGUGGAGCUCCUCCAGACGACCUCCCGGUCGCUCCAGGCCAAGCUGGACCUCCUGACCCGGCUSGGGGGGGAGAACGACCGGGCCGGCUUUGUGCGAGAGUUCGUCCCGCUGGACCUCCCGGGGCCCGACGCCGCCGGCUACCUGGAGGACCUGACGACCGCCCCCGAGGCCGAGGGCCAGUGGAGGAACCUGGUGGCGGAGAUCGCCGCGAUCCGGUGCGGCAGGGGGGUCGAGAAGAUCGGGGGCGACCAGGUGUCCCGGGCGGUCUUCCACUUCGAGCACCCGCUGCUGGAAAAGUGCGACCGRGAGGUCGCCUUUUGCUGCGUCGGGGGCGAGUGGAGGGCCGAGGGGUGAGCGAGCGAGCGAGGGCSAGAAACCGGUUUCUUACAGUGCGAGCAGYGCAUUCUUUUAAACCACCUACGGGCAUUGA